UGGAAAAACGAGUUGCCACUUGGUGGGCUCGCCGGCCCCAUCCUCGUGCAGAUCAGCCGCGUGCGUCGAAUAAUCGAAUUUCACCAUUUCUUCUUCCCUCUUCCUUCCACCAAUGUCUAACCUUGGUCUUUGCCAUCGCCACCGCUUAAAAUUUUCAGCACGCUAGGUUUUUAUUUAUACAAAUAUGUGGCUUGGUCAUGGUUUGGAUUUGAAGGCUUAGAAGCGGUACUUGGCUACUCACUUAAACAUUAAUGGGUUGUUGCCUACACUUUUGUCGAACCAAUGGUACUUCUAAGCAACCAAAUUCCCAACUUGGCGAAGUAAAUCUCAAGUUAUUUUCUCUCAAAGAAUUAAAAGUGGCCACUGAAGACUUUUUCCUAGGCAAUAAAAUUGGUGAGGGUGGCUUUGGACCUGUAUACAAGGUGGCUAAUUUGGAUGGGACUAAUGUUGCUAUAAAGGUUCUUUCCAGUCAGUCAACACAGGGAGCAACGGAAUUUUUGUCAGAGAUUACUGCAAUUUCAGAUAUAGUGCAUGAGAACCUUGUUAAGCUGUAUGGCGUCUGCAUAGAGAGAAAGUCAAGAAUACUGGUCUACAAUUAUCUUGAGAACAAUAGUCUAGCACAAAUUCUUCUUGGCGCAAAUCGCAGCAAUAUUCAGCUUAACUGGAGAACUAGAUGUAAAAUCUGCAUUGGUGUGGCACGUGGUCUUGCAUUUCUUCAUGAGGAAGUUGAGCCGCAUAUUAUUCAUCGCGAUAUAAAGGCAAGCAAUAUUCUAGUUGACAAGGAUUUCACUCCAAAAAUAUCAGAUUUCGGCUUAGCAAAACUGUUGCCACCAAAUGCAACCCAUGUCAGUACAAGAGUUGCAGGAACAACAGGAUACUUGGCACCUGAGUAUGCCAUCCGUGGGCAAGUUACACGAAAGUCUGAUGUUUACAGCUUCGGAGUUCUUCUUUUGGAAAUAAUUAGUGGCCGAAGUCAUACAAACACAAGACUGCCUGAUGAAGACCAUUUUCUUCUUGAUAGGACAUGGGCGCUUUAUGAGCAAGGAGAGCUUGAAAGGAUUAUAGAUGCAACACUCUCUGAUGAUCUAGACACAGAAGAGGCAUGCAGAUUUUUAAAGAUUGGCCUUAUGUGCACCCAAGAUGAGGCAACGCUCCGUCCCUCCAUGUCCACUGUUCUAAAUAUGCUAAACGGUUUGAAGGAUGUAGAUUCCAUCAAGAUCAGCACACCUGGUCUCAUUUCAGAUUUCACUCAAUUAAAGGUUGGAAGGAAGAAGGCCAAUGAGUUCGCUCUUUCAUCUUCGUCUGCUACAUCUAAUGAUGAAUCAUCAGGCAACCCCACACACCCCUCAAUAACUUUCACUGCCAUUGUUGAUCGAGAAUGAUGCAUUAAAGAUUAAGCAUCGUGUAGUUAAUGUUAGUGUAUUAUUAAUAAUCCUUUUAUUCUUUACAACGUAUAUUUGCGCCUUGUUUAUUGUAUGUGGAGGAAAUAGUUUUAUGCCGAUGCUACUCAUGAAAUCCAAUUGGCGUUUUUUUUU